AUGGCCUCUAUAAUCCUCUCAGACAAUGCACACAAGACGCUGGAGCCUUUACACCUCCAAGAUCGUAUCAUCGGUACCAUUUUCGGCUCAGCGCUUGGAGACGCAAUUGGCUUAUACACCGAAUUUCUGUCCGCCGACAUCUCAGCAAAAGCAUAUCCCGACCGCAAGUUUACGUUGCUCCCUGCUGAAAAUGCAACGCCUUUUCGACGCGAUCAUCAUAGAAACUUCCAUCGUACUGGAGAAUGGACUGACGAUACCGACCAUGCUGUUUUGAUACUGCUCUCAUUCCUUCAUAGCGAUGGCCAGAAGCUUGACCCGCAAGACUUUGCAUCAAGGCUGUCAGUAUGGGUGCGCAUGGGGCUGAGAGCGCUGGACACCCUGCCUCUUGGUCUUGGACGUACCGUCGGUGGGAUCGUGCGCAGCAAAUCUUACUUGGACGAUCCUGAGGGCACAGCGCGCAAGUUCUGGGUGACGGGGAAGUACAAUGCUGCACCCAAUGGAAGUCUGAUGAGAACACACCCCCUGGGCCUCAUGUGUCUUACCAAGUCCGUUGAGGAGACCUUUCAGAUCGCAGCAGACUUCUCUGUCGUCACACACGUUGAUCCCAGAUGUGUAGUCUCUUGCGCCAUUGGCACGGCUCUUGUUCGUGGCCUUAUCCUCGGCGAGAUCUACGAAGAACGGCAAGUCGACGAAUUGAUCGAGACUGGCCUCACGUGGUAUAAUGAGCUUCGCGAAAAGGAAUUGCAGGAUCUAGAAAAGAAAGGCGAGCCUCGUCUGGACCUUGACGAGUUCAAAAAACAUGCAACAGCUCAAUCUCUCACGGACCUCAAGUUGGAUGAGAGUUACAAGAUCGGAUACGUUUACAAGACAUUCGGAUCAGGUAUCCUGCUUCUUCGACUAGCACUGCGCCAACUCAAGUCUUCCGGACAACUAUGCUCCCAGCUUGCCAUCUUUGAGAAGCUCAUCACCGAUCUGACGAUGGAAGGCGGCGACGCAGACACAAACGCCUGCUUUGCUGGUGCUCUUUUAGGAGCAUUGCUCGGAUACAAGUCCUUGCCUCCACAUUGGCGCGAUGGCCUCCGUCAUGGCACUUGGCUUAUGGAGAAGUCUGAAGGAUUCUGUGACGUGCUGGGUGUGACAAAGGGCUCAUACUCUGGGUCGCGGGACAAGGAUACUGCGGAAGAUGGCGGACGUGGGUUCUUGACGGAUGCACAGAUGGAAGAGAAGUGUAUGAGGAUGCAGGCAUGGAUGGCACAGGAGGAAACUGAAUGGAAGAAAAAGCAGGAGGCCGACAAGAAGAAACCUAAUUGGUUUGCUUGGAAAUAGUUGUGGAACGAUGCCGUGCAGCCUUUUAACGACAUAUGUUUGACCG